AUGUCGGAGGAGGACCCCCAAGCAUGCGCGGAGCCAGAGGAGCCCAAGGCCGGGCCCCCGCCGGAGAGAACCAGCGACUGCUACCGCGUGAGCGAGGACCUGCCAGCCAGGUUCAACAACCCGGCCUGGUUUCGGGGCUACAGGACCAAGGAGCCCCUCUCAGUGUACAGGACCAGUAACCAAGCUUAUGGGAGCAGAGCCCCCACCGUGCACGAGAUGCCGAAGGUGUUUUAUCCAAAUUCGUAUAAGUUUUCCAGACAAGUUGCAGCGGGUGGAAUGUUCCAGAACAACACGCUCAAUGUCUACAUGGAGAAGAGCAUCGUGACGGGUCCCGACAACUAUAUCACCUCCUACGACCGGCUCAACUUCCACCCCAGCUACAGAGUCUGCAGGCCGUCCAUCUGUGACUGA